GUCUCUUUUAUUGUUAUUAUUUUUCACUGUUUCGUCUCUGCUCAUGGCGCAACGCACACAGCCUGCUUGGGAGAAGCCCAGCAACCCGAACGCCGUCCGCACCGGUCUUCGCCUGCACAACUCGCUCACCCGUGAAGUGGACGAAUUCAUUCCCGCGAAUGGAAACACGGUCAACGCGUACAUUUGCGGACCCACUGUGUACGACGCGUCGCAUAUGGGACACGCGAGCACGUACAUCCAGUUUGAUGUGAUUCGCCGCGUGCUGGCGGACUACUUUCACUACGACAUGCGAUGGGUCAUGAACAUCACCGACGUCGACGACAAGAUCAUUCUCAAGGCACGCCGCAACCACCUGUUUGAAGAGUACGUCGCCAAGGCCCUUGCUGUCGACCAAGUUCGCAAGGACAUUGCUGCCGCUCUCGAGUUUUUCGCUGCCAAGACCAACGCACUGGCCGCGGACGAUGGCAAGCGGGAUUUCCGCACCAAGCUGGCCGACAAGGUCACCGCGCUGCUUGCGAACGCUGCUGCCCCGGCGUCCGAGCUGUGCGACGCGGCCCGCGACGCGCUGGCCGAGUGGCUCGACAGCCAGUUUGGCGCCUCGGUGACGGAUCCGGCCAUUUUCGCCAAAACGGCUCGCUACUGGGAGGAGCAGUUCAACAUUGACAUGAAGGCGCUCCACAUUCUUGAGCCAGACCGUCUGACCCGUGUCAGCGACUACAUUGACGAGAUUAUCGAGUUUGUGGAAAAGGUGAUUGGCAACGGCUACGCGUAUGCGUCGAACGGCUCCGUGUACUUUUCGACGACUUCCUUUGACCAGAACAAGGGUCACCACUACGCCAAGCUCGUGCCAGAGGCCGUCGGCAAUGCCGCCUCCCUGGCCGAAGGCGAGGGCGAGCUUUCCGCGACGGAUGCGGGCUCGGACAAGAAGCAUCCCAACGAUUUCGCCCUUUGGAAAAAGUCCAAGGCUGGCGAACCCGCGUGGGACUCGCCAUGGGGCAAGGGCCGUCCCGGCUGGCACAUUGAGUGCUCUGCCAUGGCUGGCAAGGUCAUUGGCUCGACGCUGGACAUUCACGGUGGCGGCAUUGAUCUCAAGUUCCCCCACCACGACAACGAGAUUGCUCAGUCGGAAGCCUUCUUUGAUAACAAGCAGUGGAUUAACUACUUUAUGCACACUGGCCAUCUCGCGAUCGAAGGCCGCAAAAUGUCCAAGUCUCUCAAGAACUUUAUCACCAUUCGUGAGGCGCUCGAGGCGUACACUGCCCGUCAAAUUCGCAUCAUGUUCUUGCUCCACGCAUGGAACAAGGGCCUUGACUACAGCAAGAGCACGAUGACCGAAGCUAUCAGCGUUGAAAAGUCCUUCAACGAAUUCUUCCUCAACAUCAAAGCCGCGCUCCAGUCGGCACCGGCAAACAAAUUCGUUGCUGCUGACGAGGCGCUCGAGGCCAAGCUGCGAGCAACCAAGCAGGCCAUCCACGAGGCCUUCCUCAACUCGAUCAACACGCCCGCCGUGUUUGGUCACCUCCAGGAUCUCGUUUCGGCCACCAACACCUACCUCAACACCCCCGGCAAUGUGCCAAAGUCCAACAUUCUGCGCGGCGUCGGCAACUUUGCCACCUGGAUCCUGAGCGUCGUCGGUGUCAUUCCCAACGGACGCGCUGGCGAGAUUGGCUUCCCGAUCGGCGGCGCAGACGGCGCGAGCGCCGACAUCGUUCUGCUCCCCGCAGCCAAGACUAUUGCUGCCUUCCGCGAUGUCGUGCGCAAAGAGGCGCGUGCAUCCAAGGCAACUGCGCUGCUGCAAGCCUGCGAUGCUCUCCGCGACGAGACCCUCCCCCAACUUGGCAUUCGUCUGGAAGACGUCGAAGGCGGCGAUGCCGUUGUCAAGAUUGUCGAUCGCGAGGAAAUUAUGCGCGAAAAGCAACGCGAAAAGGAGGCACGCGAAGCGGCAGCAGCGGCCAAGGAGGAAGCCAAGCGCAAGGCCGCUGAGGACAAGGCCAAGAAGGACGCCCAAAACAGCAUCAACCCCGCUGAAAUGUUCCUGAGCGCAACCGACAAGUAUUCCAAGUUUGACGAGAAGGGUAUUCCGACGCACGAUGCUGCGGGUGUCGAGGUUGCCAAGAGCGCACGAAAGAAGCUCGAAAAGGCGUUUGAGCAACAGACCAAGGCGUACGAAACUCAUCUCAAGCAAAAAGCCAACGGCGCGUCCACCAGCGGCACCGCCAACGCCUAAUUUUUUGGAUCUUGUGGUGUGUCCUGAGAAUGUUGCUAUUUUACAAUCAAUCCAUGAUUCGUUUGACAAGUACGAUGAUUUUUACACCGAAAUCGCA